AUGCGCUUGUGCAACCAGUUGGAAGGGUAUAAAGAUGACGAAAGCGAUGCGCAGAAGUCGAAAGGAACUCCUCAAAGUGCUUUUCAAUAUGGCGAUCAUCGCUUUUAUCCCGGCGACAAACUCAUUUCACCCUUUAAAAAUCAGGCAAAUUUACAACCAGGUCAAGGUUGUGUCGCGUCACAGGGCGCCGAGUCACAUUACUCAUACUCUUCCCGGGUUAAAAUGGAGGAAAGUAAGCAAUGCGCGUCAAACACCGAGAAGGAAACUCGCGCUUUUGCUCAGAGUGGAGCAUUACCCGAAGCUGAUGAUUGGUUAAAGACAAGACCACGCAGUCCAAAAGCCCUCAAUGGAAACAUGGGAAACGAAACAAAGAUCGGCCGUCCAUCAAAACGUUGGUCCACGGACGGGGUUCUCUUGUUUCACGACACUUCCUCCCAACAAGUUCUGUACCCAACAGACCCGCGCUCCAGAAAAAGGGAAAGGAGCCUGUGGCGUCCGUCCAAGGCAACCAUAUUUUUCAGCACGCUCCCCCAAGAUCUGAAAGGGCCAACACAAAUGGACGCGCUUUUUAUGAACGAGCCGCAAAUGUGGGACGGUGACUUCAGGGAAGAAGGUGAUGAUCAUUUCCCCUCCGAACAUACGCUGGCGACGUCCAGGGAACUCAACGAAGCGAUGCGGAAGGUCAAAGCUCUUCAGCAGUCAAAGCGGGAGAUGGCCAAACUGUUUCCCAGUACACGUUCGCCUAUAGAUUCGUUUGCAGAGAACGUUAACCGGUUUGUUGGCUGAAUGAAUUAUAAUGUGUUUUAACAGUAGUAUCCGUGUCCUGUAUUUGCUACUUUUUUUACUUAUCAUAGGAGACAUUUAAUCAAACAAAUAGUUUCUAAAAAGUAUAUAUCGAAACUCAUUGUAACAGUUUUCUCAACAAUUUUUGUAGUGCACGUUAAACAAUCUGUAAAAUUGUGACACUCUUUGUUAAUAUCGUCAGUGGUUUAGAGCAGGCCUGCAUAAUUCAAAAUGUAAGGCGGGCCGUGAUAUUUUAUGAAAAACGUGUGCGGGCCGAAAGAAAAUAGGACGUAGCUAUUAUGAAAAUAGUAAUAAUAAAUAAUAUUUCUUACUUCGCGGGCCACAAAGUGGGUGCUGGUGGGUCGCAUGCGACCCGCGAGCCGUAUGUUGUGCAGGCCUGGUUUAGAGCGUUGUGUUAAUGUAAGCUCAUGUUUGGGUGAAAGGGGAUAGAAGAAGAUCACAAUACAAUACAGUACAGAUGAUACAAGGUACCAAACUGAAAUGUAUUGAUGUUUUAUUCCUGAUUUAUAUCUAUCAGCGAAAAUUACGUUCUUUUUGUUGUUUUAAAAAAAAAUAUUAUUGAUAAUCAUCCUUUAGCACCAACCUUCCUCAUAAAUCUCGUUUCGAGCUACAACUCAAGUACCGAAAUAUUCUCUCACUGAUGAAGCGCCAAGACUUUUUGCAGUGGGAGGCGGAGACAAGUUCACGAGCUGAAAAAUUUGUAUUUCCGGCCAAUGAUGAAACCUCUAAAAAUGUAAGUUUGUUCCAAUACAGUAAACUAACAAUUUGAUAAUUUGAAUGCACCCGGAAAUCUAUUGGUCACUACGUGAAAGCAAAUCUGUCUUUCUCUGACAUUUUUUUAAAGAGAGGAGUUUUUAUUUUAAAUAGUAGUAAGAUAAUGUGGAGGGUUUUGAGUGUAUAUUUAGCAAUUUCUAAAUUUGGGCUUCCUUCAACAAAGUAAUAUGACUGUGAAAAGGCUUCAGGGGCAUUUAUACGAAGGGGUGUAAUCUAAAAUUUUGUUGUUCAAUUAUGAGUAAUUGUGUGAAAUUAAAUGAAACAUUGAUCUUUUGAUGAGUUGCCUUCCGUCUGAGUUAUCUCUAUACUAUUAACGACCCACCCGUAUCUCCUACGUACUUCCCGUGUCUGAUUUGAUCUCCCAGCCUUGGCCAUGGAGAAGUGGCAAGUUCGUUGCGUCUAGACGUCGUGCAGCCAAGUGGUCGCCAGCACAGUCUCAGCAGUCGUCCUACAAAUCUUUGCUUUUGAAACUCCAAAAAUCUCCACUCGUGACAGCUGUGUCGUGUCAGAGUGAGAAUGACACAUCACUUACUAGAAGCCGGUGAGGAUUCAGUUAUUUAUUUCAUUCAAAAAGUGCAUAUUAAAAAUACUUCUAUUUACUUUUCUUUUCUUGCCAUUCUCAAAGACCAGCCCUACCCACCCCAAGGUUGUGGGACUCAUUUUACAAUUGGGUUGGGGGGGGGGGUAAUUUAAAUUUGGUUUAUAAAAAUGACAUUCUCCCUAGCGUCAAAAUUUAAAUAUUGAUAGUAUCUUGAUAAUUAAUUUAAACAGGCAUAUUUACUUACAGACAUUAAACAAGAUAAUUUCAUUGUACAGUAAUCUUUAAUGUUUACAUUUAUACAUAAUUUUAAGGGCUUCGUUUUGCCAUACGGAGUAAAGUAGGCUUAAAGAAUAGCGAUGCCACACAACAGUGGUACCUCAGGUUACGAACGCCUCUGGUCACGGAUAAUUCGGGUUACGAACAACAACUUCCAAAAACAUUUGUCUCGGGUAACGAACAGUGCCUCGGGUUACGAACGAAGGCGAGAGAGGGGACAGAGAUAGAUAGAUAGAUAGAGAGAGAGAGAGAGAGAGAGAGAGAGAGAGAGAGAGAGAGAGAGGAGAGGAGAGGAGGGGAGAGGAGAGGAGGGGAGAGGGAGAGAGAGAGAGAGAGAAAUAGAUAGAUAGAGAGAGAGAGAGAGAGAGAGAGAGAGUGAGAGAGAGAGAGAGAGAGGAGAGGAGAGGAGAGGAGAGGAGAGGAGAGGAGAGGGAGAGAGAGAGAGAGAGAGAGAGAGAGAGGGGGAUAGAGAGAAGGAAGGAGAGGGAGAGAGAGAGGGGGGAGAGAGAUUUUACAUUUAAUGUAUUUGGUGGUGUUUUUUUCUCUUUAGUUAAUCCGUCAAGUACACGACAUAUUCUUUGCGUUUUGUAAGGGAAACGACCGGAUGUUAAUAAAAAGAACGAUUCUUACCUUUUGAAACGGAUUAUCUCUAUUUCAUUGAUUUCAAUGUUUCAGGUUACGAACCGAGUUCUGGAACGAACUUGCCGAGGUACCACUGUAAAUGUAUAUACCGUACAAUAUACUAUAAUAUACAAAUGUAUAAUUACAUAACACGUGAACGUUCCCCAGGGUUAAGAUCUCCGACAGUUCUUGGAGUCAAGAAAACAAACAGUCAUUUGCGUUUGUGAGGCGAGAGCUGGAUCAGUUCAACAAGGUUCCUAAGCCCAGCUCCCAGUUGUUCGAUGGCCCAUUGGACAUAAGCGAUGACACUGGAAGC